UGUUUUCAGUUAUAAUUAGAUUAUACCAAUGAUCAUAUUAUCCAGAAAAGACGAGAAAAAUUGAUUUAAUCAUUAGUUUUUGUUGUUAAGACAAAUAAUCUGUUUUUUGAAAAGUUUUGAUUUUGCCACCAUUUAUCAAGUUGAACGGUGAUUCACAAUGAAAGGGCUGCAACUGGUGAAAGACAACAAAUUCAAUCUUGUGAAAACUUUUUUCGUCUAUUUAACAUAUUUUUGUAUCGGAAGUAUUACAACUCUUCUUGGAUCAAGUUUAUUGGAUUUACAAAUUUUGGCCAACACUGAUUUCGCCAAAAUAUCAUUGUUAAUUCCUAUUCGAAGUGGUGGUCACAUAGUUGGAUCAGCAAUAGCUGGUUUCGUUGGCCAAAAGGUCAGUCAGCCUCUGGUUUUAUCAAUCACCAAUUUAUUAUCGGGCAUCUUUAUUGGGAUCGCAGCAGUUUUCACCAAAUUUGAAUAUAUUUCGGCAUGUCUAUUGAUUGCUGGUAUAAACCAUGGUAUCGCUGAUGUACUGUGCAAUACUUAUGUUUCAAUUAUCUGGAAAGAAAGCUGCACAAAUUUUCUUCAAGCGCUUCACAUGUCAUGGGGAAUUGGCUCGCUACUGACUCCAGUGAUUACAAGACCUUUCCUUUUACCGUCAAAUGAAUUUGAACAACCCAAAGCCAACAAUUCUUCCUCACAUCUACCGAUUAUCAAUCCGAUUAUUGGUUCAAGUGAUGUAUUAAUUCAUUAUGUGUUUUUUAUUUUUGGUAUCACGUCAAUCGUAUCAUCCAUACCCUUUUUGUGCAUUCAUUGUUUUGAAAUGAGAGAAACAGAUGAAUCUAAUGAAGCACCCGACGGAAAUAAGGAAAUUAAACAAAAUUGGAGUAAAUGUCAGACUUAUACUGUAAUUACGUUGGUUGCCCUCAUUGGACAUAUUGUUUACAGUCUUGAAGGAUUGAUAGGCUCACUGGGAACUUCAUUUUCCGUUAAAUCUGAUCUUCACAUGGCGAAAAAAACUGGUGUCUUACUGGCUACAGCUUUUUGGAUUUGCUUCUCGUUUUAUCGCUUACUCUAUAUACCAUUGACUUUUAUUAUAUCGGAGCAAAAGUUGCUAGUAACGAGCCUUUUUAUCUCAACUGUUGGCAUUUUCGUUACGGUUCCUUGGGCUAACACUCAUGAAAUAUGUAUAUGGUUGGGAUUUAUGCUCAUUGGUACUGGCAUGUCACCGAUAUUUUGUGCCGCUUACGGAAUGUUGGCUCAAUAUAUUACAAUGAGCGCGAGGAUAUCUUCAAUGCUUUUCAUUGCUGGUGUUAUUGGUGAAUCAGUUCACCCAGCAAUUGCCGCUGCUUUAAUGGCUAAUAAUCCAGUCAUAUUCCUUUAUUAUGUUGGAGUAUUAGGAAUUUCGUUCAUUGUCCUGUUUUCAGCUCUUCUUGUGUAUUACAAUACAGCUCUUAAAAAUUGUAACAAAAAUCAAAGACCUCAAGUAGCCGAGGCAAGACUUUCAAUCAGCAUAUCUCACUUCUAAUUUUGUUAUUACCUGUUGAUUACUUUGACAUUUUAUCUCCAUUUAGAGUUUUCAAUCAUAAAACUCUUAUUCAGUAACAAGUUAACAACCAUUUUUCAAUUGUUAAAAUACGAUAAAUACACCUCAUUGUUAUCGACAUCAUUAGCUUGUCAUUGUCAUUUGUCACUUUGAUUUUAUUUUACAUCCAUUCAUCAUAUCAUCUGGAUAAAUUUACUCUUAAAAAUAAUCAAUGAGCAUUUUCUUGUUAAUCAAGUCACUUCCAUCAGCAAUUGAAUUUUUCAACAUUUAUUUUCGAUUUGAUACCUCAAAAGUAUUAUUCUAAGUAAUCAACUUGUAAUUUAAACAAAAGACUAGCUUUAAUAAAUGUCGAACCAUCUUUUCGAA